UUGGUGGAGGGGGGGCAGCUUCACAUUAACGGACUCACCGAGACGAGGCAGGGUGUUUACCGGCGGCUCUAGGCGGAACGGUGGUUGAAGCGAAACGGGGCGGUGAUAUGACAGUCAUGAUGAUAUGACGGGAGGAGACGGAACCCCUGCUCCGGUGUUCACAGCAGGAUGAAAACUCUCAGCUGAACAUCACCUCAGCAUGACAUCAUCAGGCCCUGCCCGAUCUCCCCUCCCCCACUUUCAUCAUCAACAUCACCAUGUCUCACUCUGGAUUGGACGAAUACUCCAUCAGCUGUCCCUGUGGCCCCGCCUAAUGCUUUCUCUCUGGCUCUGGAUUGGUGGACAGGUGAUCCAUGUGAGCGCCUCCCACCAGCACUUCCACCCCCACUCCAUUAAGAUACCUGGUGACAUCACACUGGGGGGGCUGUUCCCUAUCCACGCCCGUGGCCCGCAUGGUAUAAACUGUGGGGAGCUGAAGAAGGAGAAGGGGAUCCACCGCAUGGAAGCCAUGUUGUAUGCUCUGGACCAGAUCAACAGCGACCCCUAUCUGCUGCCCAACAUUACGCUGGGUGCUCGGAUCCUGGACACCUGCUCCAGAGACACCUAUGCCCUGGAACAGUCCCUCACCUUUGUCCAGGCACUGAUCCAGAAAGACACGUCUGACAUCCGGUGCUCUAAUGGAGAGCCGCCCAUCAUCCGCAAACCAGAGAGGGUGGUGGGAGUGAUUGGAGCAUCGGCCAGCUCCGUGUCCAUCAUGGUGGCCAACAUCCUGCGCCUGUUUGAGAUCCCUCAGGUGAGUUAUGCGUCCACAGCCCCGGAGCUCAGUGACAAUAAUCGCUACGACUUCUUCUCUCGGGUGGUUCCUCCGGACUCGUACCAAGCUCAGGCCAUGUUGGACAUCGUCAAAGCUCUGGGAUGGAACUAUGUAUCCACGCUGGCGUCUGAGGGAAACUACGGCGAGAGCGGUGUUGAAGCCUUCAUGCAGAUCUCCAGAGAGGCCGGGGGUGUGUGUAUCGCUCAGUCGGUGAAGAUUCCUCGAGAGCCAACGCCCGGCGAGUUCGAUAAGAUCAUUAGACGCCUGAUGGAGACGAGUAACGCCAGAGGCGUCAUCAUCUUCGCCAACGAGGAUGACAUCAAGCGUGUCCUCGAGGCAGCCAGGCGGGCCAACCUGACGGAUCACUUCCGCUUCGUGGGCUCGGACAGCUGGGGGGCAAAAAGUUCACCAAUCGCAGAGCUGGAAGACGUUGCCGAAGGCGCCGUUACCAUCCUGCCAAAGCGAGCAUCAAUUGACGGCUUCGAUCAAUACUUCAUGUCUCGUUCUCUGGAGAACAAUCGCAGGAACAUCUGGUUCAAUGAGUUUUGGGAGGACGACUUUAGGUGUAAACUGACCCGACCUGGAGUCAAACUGGACCCUGACAAGAAGAAGUGUACAGGUGAGGAGAGGAUUGGUCAGGACUCGUCCUAUGAGCAGGAAGGGAAGGUGCAGUUUGUGAUCGAUGCAGUUUAUGCCGUGGCUCACGCUCUGCACAGCAUGCAUCUGAAUCUAUGUCCCAGCCAGGCCGGGGUUUGCAGCCACAUGGACCCGGUGGAGGGACGCUCACUCCUUGACUUCAUCAGAGCUGUCAACUUCAACGGAAGUGCAGGUACCAGUGUCUUGUUCAAUGAGAACGGAGACGCUCCUGGUCGCUACGACAUCUUCCAGUUUCAGAUGACCAAUCACAGCCAUCCUGGAUACCGUGUCAUUGGCCAGUGGACCAACAACCUGAGACUCAAUCUGGAGGACAUGCAGUGGUCCGGAGGAGAUAAAUCAGUUCCUGACUCCGUCUGUAGUUUUCCGUGUGAACCAGGAGAGAGAAAGAAGAUGGUGAAGGGUGUCCCCUGCUGCUGGCACUGUGAGCUCUGUGAUGGGUACCAGUACCAGCUGGAUGAGUUUACUUGUGAGACCUGUCCAUCAGACAUGCGCCCUGCCCCCAACAGAACCACCUGUCGUCCUACCCCAAUCAUCAAACUGGAGUGGAAUUCACCCUGGGCUCUUGUCCCCACCUCUAUCGCCAUGCUGGGUAUCCUAGCAACGAGCAGCGUGGUCAUCACCUUCAUCCGCUUCAACGACACACCCAUUGUCAAGGCGUCAGGGAGGGAGCUCAGCUACGUGCUUCUGACAGGUAUCUUCCUGAUCUACCUGAUCACCUUCCUGAUGAUUGCGGAGCCAGGUGUGGUAGUUUGUGCAUUCCGGCGCCUCCUGUUGGGCCUUGGCAUGGCCAUCACUUACUCCGCCAUGUUGACGAAAACCAACCGCAUCUACCGCAUCUUCGAACAGGGCAAGAGGUCGGUGACCCCACCCAAAUUCAUCAGCCCCAGCUCCCAGCUCAUCAUCACCUUCAUCCUCAUCUCCGUGCAGGUCCUCGGUGUUUUUGUAUGGUUUGCCGUCAUCCCCCCUCACACCAUCAUCGACUACGAGGAGCUCCGACCCCCGAACCCUGACCUCGCCCGCGGCAUCCUGAAGUGCGACAUGUCUGACCUGUCAAUAAUCUGCUGCCUCAGCUACAGCAUCGUGCUCAUGGUGACAUGUACCGUGUAUGCAGUGAAGAGUCGAGGUGUCCCAGAGACGUUUAAUGAGGCAAAGCCGAUCGGUUUCACGAUGUACACCACCUGUAUCGUUUGGCUCGCCUUCGUACCCAUUUUCUUUGGUACUGCCCAGUCCACCGAGAAGAUGUUUAUCCAGACGAUGACUCUGACCGUGUCCAUGUCUCUCAGUGCGUCCGUCUCUCUUGGGAUGCUCUACAUGCCGAAGGUUUACGUCAUAAUUUUCCAACCUGAGCAGAACGUACAGAAGAGAAAGAAAAGCUUCAAGGCUGUCGUCGAGGUUGCCAGCUUGUCUCAGAAACAAAACGGAGAAACGAAGAUUGAACCUGACAGAAGUCAGUAACACAAUCUACAGGUAUUGACACACACACACACACACACACACACUGACAUACAACUGACAUUAUUAUUAUCGUUAUUAUCAUUCCUAUUAUUAAUGAUCCUUCAGAUUUUUCCCUCCACAGGUUCAGACUCUGAUUUGGCUCGUGAGUGGUUUGAUCGCAACUUGUUGAUAAAGUUUCAGGUUUUUUAUUCUGGAAACUUUUAUAUUCAUUAAACAGCUGUUCUGGAACAAGUGGUAAAGUAAAAACUGAUUAUUUAAUUUCAUCAACUGCUAAUUAAGUCCUCAGGAUUUGCUAGCAUCUAGUGGUGAAUGUGCAGAUUACAACCCACUGAAUAAAAUGACGAUGACGACAAAAUGAUUCUUGGAGUCAGCUGAUGAAUGACAUCAUUGUGAUGAACACUAUAUUUAAAAUAUUCAUUUUAGCUUUAUUCUGGAAGGAAUGAGGCAAACAAGGAGAGGUGUCUUUUCACAAUAAAAGGGUCAUGUUGUUUCUGUUGCCCUGCUCAGAGGCAUGUCGGCAGAGUAGCAGAAUUCCACCGUAAAUUUUUUGUCUGUAAAAAAUCAUCACAUCACUCAAUACCACGUGGACAAAAGUAUUUGGACAGUCCUGGUUUGUUGCAGUAUCUCUCAGUAAAGUUAAUUUUAUGACUGAUUCCUUUCAAUGAGAUUUAUAAAUUAUUGACUAAAUGAAAGUAUCUAGUUUUUAUAAUCACUGGACACUGUCAGACUGAUUGUUAUUGUGAUAUGAUUAUAAUAGAUGCCAUUAAGAAUAACAGCAGUACCUGUUGAUAAUAGCAGUAAUAACAAUAAUAGUAGAAUAGAUCUAAAUACUCAAUCCGUUAUUAGUCAAAGUUCUACUGCAGCUCUGGAGUCAGAUCCAGAUGUGACUGAUCGGAAACAUUUCCACUCAACCAGAGUUAAAGCUGACAUACCCUCGGUGACAU